ACAAACAGUGUCGAGAGCAGAAAGAGCACAGACACAGAGAAACGGACUAGACUGGACCAGUGACGUAGAAUGGCCCAAAACGGAACUACUGUGAACGGAGUCUCGGAGGGGAGACCCGCUAUGCCGUUCCCUCAGCCUGUCAAAGUUCAGGAGAUCAGACACAACAAGAUUUUCAUUAACAACGAAUGGCACACUUCGAUUAAAGGAAGGACGUUUCCGACUUUUAAUCCCGCAACAGGUGUCAAAAUCUGUGAUGUUGAAGAAGCCGACAAAGCAGAUGUGGACAAGGCGGUGGAAGCUGCCAAGGCGGCGGGACAGAGAACAUCGCCGUGGCGGAAGAUGGACGUAUCCAGCCGGGGAAGACUCCUGCACAAACUCGCUGACCUCAUCGACAGAGACCGGGUCCUAUUGGCGACCCUGGAGACCAUGGACUCGGGGAAACCCUUCCUCCAUGCUUUCUUCAUAGACCUGGAUGGCAGCAUCAAAACCCUCCGGUACUUUGCUGGCUGGGCUGACAAGAUACAUGGCAAAACCAUGCCCGUGGACGACAGCUUCAUGUGUUUCACCAAACAUGAGCCUAUCGGAGUCUGCGGAGCCAUUAUCCCUUGGAACUUUCCCCUACUGAUGUUCAUGUGGAAGAUAGCUCCAGCCCUGUGUUGUGGAAACACCGUGGUAGUCAAGCCCGCUGAGCAGACACCUCUCACAGCCCUGCACGUCGGGGCUCUCAUCAAAGAGGCUGGUUUCCCCCCUGGAGUGGUGAACAUCGUGCCAGGGUUCGGGCCCACGGCGGGGGCCGCCAUCGCCAGCCAUAUGGGCAUCGACAAAGUGGCUUUCACCGGCUCUACGGAGGUAGGGCAGCUGAUCAAAGAGGCUGCAGCCAAGAGCAACCUGAAGAGGGUCACCCUGGAGCUGGGGGGGAAGAACCCCUGCAUUGUGUUUGCUGACUCAGACUUGAAGCUGGCUGUGGAGGAGAGUCAGAAGGGAGCGUUCUUCAACCAGGGCCAGUGCUGCACUGCAGCCUCCCGCGUCUUCGUGGAGGAGUCUGUCUACCAGGAGUUUGUACGCCGCAGUGUAGAGAGUGCGAAGAACAUCAUCAUAGGAGACCCACUGGACCCACGGACAUCUCAUGGACCUCAGAUCGACCAGCAGCAGUUUGAUAAGAUCCUGGAGCUGAUCGAGAGUGGGAAGAGGGAGGGGGCCCGGCUGGAGUGUGGAGGUGUGGCCAUCCAGGACACAGGUCUGUUCCUCCAGCCAACUGUCUUCUCUGAUGUCGGAGACCACAUGCGCAUUGCUAAGGAGGAGAUAUUCGGUCCAGUCCAGUGUAUAUUCAGCUUUAAGAGCCAGCAGGAGGCCAUUGAGCGGGCCAACAGCUCUGAGUACGGCCUGGUGGCAGCAGUGUUUACCAGGAGCAUGGACCGGGCUCUGGCCGUGACGGCUGCCCUGGAGACCGGAACAGUCUGGGUGAAUUGCUAUAACGCCCUCCAUGCCCAAGCUCCCUUCGGAGGCUACAAAAUGUCAGGAAAUGGACGAGAGCUGGGUGAGUAUGCUCUGGCGGAGUAUUCUGAGGUGAAAGCAGUGACCAUCAAACUGAGUGAGACACUGUGACAGUUCUGGACACACCCUGCCUCGCCCUGCCUCGCUUUGCCCUGCCUUGCCUCGCCCAGCUCAGCACUUCCUCACCACCUUGGGCUGUGUCCAAUCUCUACAAUUCUUCUCUUUGUCACCUCUGAUCGAAAAUAUAAUUCUGUCGACGAUUAUGGGUUGAUGCAUAUACAGUAGUCAGUCACGAGGAAUGGAGAUAAGUAAAGAAAGCUAUUGAAUGUUUUUUUUAUUUAUCCAGCCCUAUUAUAUAUGUAAUAAUCUGACUCACCUUCUGGUCUCGUUUGUUUAAUUUUGAUCUAAUAUGAGUCAUCUCCUCUUUAAGGAGUAUUUUUCAACCCUUUCAGGUGCUGGAAGAAACUCUGAUUCCCUUUGCUAACGCGGUCUUAUUUACCUCCAUGUUAACAUUGUCUAAUUCUUAUCAUUAUACAACUGUAACCAUAUGAGAAACUCUGAGGGACUGUUACUAUUAGACAUGCAGGGCCCCCACCCUGCCAUGAUACACCCCACCCCCCACCAUGACCCAAUACACCCACCACUACCACCACAACCAUGACCCAA